AUGUACGCAUUGAAGAACAGAUUCAAAUUUGGGAAGAAUAAAGAGGAGAAGGAGAAGGAGAAGGAGGGGAAACACCACAGUAUCUUCCACCUGAACGGCGAGAGCAAAAACGAGAACAAAGUAAGUCCAGACCCAACGUUGGAGGAUGUGAACGGGGUAAGUAACGAGAGAAGAGACACGAUCACGAACAAUAACUCGGGCUCCGCCCCGACAAGGUCGUCCUAUGAUGCUGGGUCAACCACGUCCACUGUCAGUCAACAGCCCUCGGACAACUUCAAUUAUGACUCGACAUUGAGUAGUAACCCAGAUUUUGCUGGUCCAGAGACCACACCGGGCCUGUCUGAGACACAUGUCAACAAUACGUCGACGUCAACUUCCGGCAUAAUGACCAUAAAAGUGUAUAACGGUGAAGGGUUUGUGCUACCCUUCGAUAUUACUGCCAAUGACCAAAUCCUGACUAAGCUUUUGGGGUCCGGAAUCCCAUUGCAGCAAAGAGGCUCUGUGGAUGCAUCCAAUGAGAUAGAUCAGCUCGCAUCGCAGAUUUCGAGGGUGACUUUAUCGAACCAGGGUCCGGGCGGUGAAUCUUUGAUUUCCAAGGAAUCGUCAUCCAAGUUCAUCCCCGCUACGAUACUUUUACCCGGUUCGCAAAGCGCCAGUCCAUUGUUAUACUUCACCAUUGAGUUUGAUAACACUGUGGCCACAAUCGAACCGGAGUACGGGACCAUGACUGCUCCGGUUUUCAAUAAGAUAUCCACCUUCGAUGUUACAAGGAAACUACCCUACUUGAAGAUAGACGUAUUUGCGCGGAUACCUUCCAUCCUUCUACCAUCAAAGACCUGGCAACAAGAGGUGAGCGACCAUGACCCGAGACUAAAGGAGAUGUUUGACAAGAUUAAUAGUAACCAGGACAUUCAUCUGGACUCAUUCCACUUGCCCGUGAACCUGAAAAUCAAUUCUGCAGCGAACAUCAGAUUGUACAACCAUCAUUGGAUUACUUUGGAGAAUGGGUUCGGUAAAAUCAAUUUGAGUAUAGACUAUAAGCCAUCCAAGAACAAGCCACUGUCCAUUGACGACUUUGAUCUGCUAAAGGUUAUUGGGAAGGGUUCAUUUGGGAAAGUCAUGCAAGUCAGGAAGAAGGACACUCAAAAGAUAUAUGCUUUGAAAGCUAUCAGGAAGUCGUACAUCGUGUCAAAAUCUGAAGUGACGCAUACCCUGGCUGAGAGGACAGUUUUGGCAAGGGUGGAAUGCCCAUUUAUUGUUCCUCUGAAAUUUUCCUUCCAGUCUCCAGAAAAGUUGUAUUUGGUUCUGGCAUGUAUCAACGGUGGUGAGCUGUUUUACCAUCUGCAGAAGGAGGGUAGAUUUGACUUGUCGCGCUCGAGGUUCUAUGCGGCAGAGUUGUUAUGUGCCUUGGAAACAUUGCACAACUUGGAUGUCAUCUACCGUGAUCUAAAACCAGAGAACAUUUUGCUAGACUACCAGGGGCACAUCGCAUUGUGUGAUUUCGGGUUAUGUAAACUGAACAUGAAAGACGAUGACAAAACCGACACUUUUUGCGGUACUCCAGAAUAUCUGGCACCAGAAUUGCUGUUGGGCCAAGGUUACUCGAAGGUCGUUGACUGGUGGACCCUUGGUGUCUUGCUGUACGAGAUGCUGACUGGGCUGCCACCUUACUAUGACGAGGAUAUUCCCAAGAUGUACAAAAAGAUCCUACAAGCUCCAUUGAGGUUCCCCGAUGGAUUUGACAGAGAUGCUAAGGACCUGCUGAUUGGGUUACUAAGCAGAGAUCCCGUGAGACGGCUGGGUCGUAACGGUGCCGACGAAAUCAAAAACCACCAAUUCUUCAGCCAGUUGUCCUGGAAGCGUCUGAUGAUGAAGGGUUACAUCCCACCAUACAAGCCACCCGUGAGUAGUGCCAUUGACACAUCCAACUUCAACCAAGAAUUCACAAAGGAGAAGCCCAUCGAUAGUGUUGUAGACGAGUACUUGAGCGAAAGUGUCCAGAAACAAUUUGGUGGGUGGACCUACGUUGGGAGUGAACAACUGGGCAGCUCCAUGGUCCAAGGUAGAAGCAUCAAAUAA